AUGGAUCUAGAAACCAUGCCUCGCAAGCUCUGGGAGCAUCCCAACCCCAAAACGACGGAAAUGUGGCAGUUUAUGCAAAAUUGCAACAGCCGCUUCGGCUUGAAUAUGCAGACCUUUGACGAGCUCUACGCCUGGUCCUGCGCCAAACGCGCCGAUUUCUGGGGCGCCGUCUGGGACGGCCAGCGGGCCAUUCACGAGGGCACCUUUUCGCGGGUGGUGGACGAGGCCAUCCCCGUGGACGGCCUGCCGCGCUGGUUCGAGGGCGUGCGGCUCAACUUUGCCGAAAACUACCUAUACCGGCGCAGCCUGGAGCACGGCGCGGGGACGCGGGGUACGCGCGGCAAGGAGGACGACAAGGUGGCCCUGGUCGAGGUGCGUGAGGGCGGUGCUGGCGAGGAGCGCGCCGUGACCUGGCGCGAGCUGCGUCGGGAUGCGGGCAGACUUGCGGCGGCCAUGGAAGCUCGCGGCGUGACAAAGGGUGAUCGCAUCGUGGCGGUGGGCGCAAACUCGUACACGACGCUGCUGGUGUUUUUGGCGGCGACGUGGCUCGGCGGCCUUUUUAGCAGCAGUUCGACUGAUAUGGGCAUCAACGGGCUGCUGCAGAGAACGACGCAAAUAAACCCCAAGUUUGUCUUUUUCGACGACGGCGCCCUCUACAACGGCCGCAUCAUCGACCUCCGCGAAAAAAUGUCUGGCAUGCUGCAAGGUCUCGUCGCCGACUGCAGCAGCUUCGAGUCCAUGAUUGCCAUUCCACGCUUCGCCGCUUCACCCUACCACACGGCGCACCUAGCACCACGCGUCGAGCGCUGGGAAGACUUUCUCUCAUCCGCCGCCGCCGCCGGCGCGGACGACGGCUUCCCACCCGAGUUUGUGCGCGUCGGCUUCCAGGACCCCAUGGUGGUGUACUACUCGUCCGGCACCACCGGCGCGCCCAAGGCCAUUGUGCACGGCGUCGGGCCCAUGCUGCUCGCCGGCCACAAGGAGAGCGUCUUGCACCGCGGCAUGUGCCCGGACGACGUCAUGCUGCAGUACACGACGACGGGCUGGAUCAUGUACAUGUCGGCCGUCGGCGCGCUGAUUAGCGGCUCCACGUCGAUUCUCUACGACGGGAGCCCGCUCAAGCCCGACGUCGGCGUGCUGGUGCGGCUCGUCGCCCGAUACGGCGUCACCGUGCUGGGGGUGAGUCCCCGGUGGAUGGCCGAGCUCAUCAGCAAGGGGCUGGCGCCGCGCGACAUGGCCGACGUGUCGACGCUGAGAACCGUGACGUGCACCGGCAUGGUGCUUCCGGACCAGACGUUUGACUGGUUCUACGACGUUGGCUUUCACAAGCACACGCAGCUGGCCAACAUGAGCGGCGGCACCGACAUUGCUGGCUGCUUUGUCAUUGAGAACCCUCUCAAGCCCCUCUACCGCGGCGGAUGCAUGGGCGGCUCCCUCGGCGUCCCCAUUGCCGUCUACGACCACGACAUGGACGACGGCACCGACGGCCGGCCCGUCCCCGCCGGCACCUCGGGCGACCUCGUCGCCACCGCCGCCUUUCCCAACACGCCGCUCUACCUAUGGAACGACGGCGGCGACGGCGCCACACCUCCCGGCCCCAAGUACAAGGCCGCCUACUAUGAGCGCUUCAACCACGUCUGGGCCCAGGGCGACUUUUGCCAGGUGCACCCGCGGACCGGCGCCGUGCUCAUGCAGGGCCGCUCCGACGGCGUGCUGAACCCGAGCGGCAUCCGCUUCGGCAGCGCCGAUAUAUAUGCCGUCCUCGAGCGCCACUUUGCCGCGCACGUCGUCGACAGCCUCUGCGUCGGCCAGCGCAGGCCGACGGACCUUGACGAGCAGGUGGUGCUGUUUGUGCUGAUGAAGACGCCGGGGGCCCUGAGCAGAGCCCUCGUGGCGGAUAUGCGUGCCACGAUUGCGCGUGCUCUCACAAAGAGGCACGUGCCAAAGUACAUUUUUGAAAUUCCCGAGAUUCCGACGACUGUCAAUGGCAAAAAGGUGGAAUUGCCCAUCAAGAAAAUCAUCUGCGGCAAGACGGUCAAGCCGAGCGGCACGCUGCUCAAUCCAGAGAGCCUCGACUUCUUUUAUCGGUUCCAAAAGAUUGAAGACUUGGUAGAGCCGCAGGCCAAGCUGUAG